AUGGCUUGCUUUGAGCAUGAGCGACUAGCUCUUCUAAAGUUCAAACACAGUGUUAGAGAUACUCAUGAUAUGUUGUCAUCAUGGGUUGGUAAUGACUGUUGCCAAUGGGAAAGAGUCAUGUGUGAUGGUGUCACGGGACAUGUUGAACGUCUCCAUCUUAGAGCUUCACUUUUAGAUGAUGAUGACUGCUUGGUUAGUAAGGAGGUGAGCACUUCUUUAGGAGAAUUGAGGCAUCUAAAUCACCUGGACUUGAGUGGGAAUGAUAUUCAAGGAAGUCAAAUCCCUGAGUUCAUUGGAUCCUUGAAACAGCUGAAUUACCUCAAUUUGUCACAUGCAUAUUUAUCUGGUAUUAUUCCUCAUCGCCUUGGAAAUCUUUCUAAUUUAAAGAAUCUUGAUCUAAGUUCAAAUACACAGUUGAUGUCACUUGAUAUGGCAUGGAUUUCUGGCCUUUCAUCACUCGUGUAUAAUGACUUGAGUUUUGUGCUUCUUAGUGGAGCAAAAAACCUUCACAUGGUGUUUUACAUGGUUCCUUCGUUGAAAGAGUUAAGUUUGUCAAAUUGUGGUCUUUCCAAUGUCGAUCUUGGUUCGCUUCAUAAUUCGAGCAUUACACUUUCUAACAUUAAACACCUAGAUCUUAGCAAAAAUUCUCUUAAAGGUCAACUCCCCCACUUUUUUCAAAACAUGACAUCCUUACAAUCCCUGGAUCUUUCAUUCUUUGAUUUUCCUGUGACAUGGAACUUUGCAAACUUUUUAAGGAUGAUCCCUUCUUUGUUAGAGCUUCAUUUGUCGUUAUGUAACCUUGAUGAGAGUAAUCUAUCAAAUACUCAUCAUAAUUUCACUACCCUAUCUAACAUCGAACACUUGGAUCUUAGCCAAAAUUUCCUUUCAUUGAGAUUUCCAUCAAUUAUAGCCAACAUGACUUCUCUACGAGUCUUGAACCUUUCUGGUAGCACUUUUAAUUCAUGGAUUCCGAUUAUGCCCAACCUUUUAGAGCUUGACCUUUCUUCUAAUCACUUUGUGAAGUUCGAGGAUGUGGGAAUUUGGAGACAGUGUCAGCUUAAACAACUAAGUGUAGCAUCAAAUGAUUUCCUUAUGGAACUUACUGACUCACCGACAAACGUAUCGGAAUGCUCCCAAUAUGAUUUGGAAUGGUUGAAUUUAGCUGACAGUGUAAAUGGUACAAUUCCAGAAUCCCUCGUAAAGAUGACCAAUUUAAGAGGCUUACACCUAUCAGGUAAACUAACCGGACCCCUCCCAAGAUCUCUGGGAAGUUUAAGUUUUUUACAGGUAUUAGAUAUGCCUCGCAACAAGUUAAAGGGCUCAAUUCCAGAAUCUAUGGGAAUGUUAAGAUUAUUACAAGCAUUAGAUCUAUCUUUUAACGAGUUGACAGGUCCCAUUCCGACAUUCCUUGGGAAACUUACAAAACUUGACCUUUCUUUUAAUUACUUGAAUGGUUCCAUUCCUGAACCCUCUGUAGCUUUAAGAUAUUUGCAUCUAGAGAACAAUCAGUUAACAGGCCCUAUCCCAGCGUCUCUAGGAAAACUCACUAAACUCUCUUCUCUUGAUGUCUCUAACAAUUCCUUGGAUGGUGUAGUUUUUGAAGCCCAUUUUGCUAACCUUUCGAUGUUAAAGUACUUGAAUGCAGCUUCUAACAGUAAGUUAACAUUCAAUGUUUCACGUACGUGGCUCCCUCCAUUCCAAUUGAUCACCAUUGAUCUCAGUUCUUGCAAGAUCAUGAAUGGAUUCCCACAGUGGCUUCGAAAUCAGAAAAAACUUCUUAGUUUGGUGUUGCCUAAUGCAAACAUUUCAGGACCUCUACCGGCAUGGUUAAGAAAGAUUCCCAUCAUUCGUAUCAUAAAUCUAUCUCACAAUAACCUCAGCGGACCUUUGACCAAUCUUCCUAGCGGGGCAACUUAUAAUGUUAAUCCUAGUAUGGGAACUUACAAUUCUUAUAAUCUUCCAAGAUUAUUUCUUCAAAAUAACCUUUUCAAUGAGUCAAUUCCAAUGUCAUUGUGCAACAUGACAGAUUUGGAAUAUCUUAAUCUUUCCAGAAAUAGGUUAACUGGGAAUAUUCCCAGCUGUCUUAAGAAUCUGCAAAAUCUACGGGUCAUGAUAUUAAGCUCAAAUGGAUUGAAUGGUGUCAUUCCAAGUUCUAUAGGGCACGUUUCAUCACUAGUAUUGUUAAAAAUGAAUGACAAUAACUUUAGUGGUGAGCUUCCACAAGAAUUUGGGAAUUUAAGUAGCUUAAGCAUCUUAGAUUUGGGUGAUAAUGCAUUUUGUGGCAAAAUACCAGAAUGGAUAGGAGAUAAAGUUCAAUGGUUGCAGGUUUUCAGGUUACACAAAAAUAACUUCACCGGAGGAAUCCCUCAAUCUUUGUGCAAAAUAACAAAUCUUCAAAUUUUGGAUUUUGCACACAACAACUUAACAGGAACAAUCCCUCAUUGUCUCGGAGAAUUGUAUGGCAUGGCAAAAUCUUAUGGUGGUUUAGCAAUUGAUUAUUUUAGUCCAACUGAACUUGUAUCAUUUGAGGCGGGUGUGAUUCAGGUGAUGAAAGGCGCAGCAAGGGAAUAUGAUAAAACAUUACAGUUUGUCAUAAACAUGGACCUUUCAAGCAAUAAACUUUUUGGAGAAAUACCUAUAGAGUUAACUGCACUUUGGGCAUUGGUGGGUCUUAAUUUAUCCAAUAAUCAUCUUACUGGGAAUAUUCCAUACAUCAUUGGAAACAUGAAAUCGUUAAAUUCUCUCGAUCUCUCAACAAACGAGUUGAGCGGACCGAUCCCUCCCAGCAUCGGAGAAUUGACUUUUUUGAGCUAUUUGAAUUUGUCAAACAACAACUUGGUAGGACGAAUUCCAACAGGAAAUCAAUUGCAGACCCUCAUUGAUCCAUCAAUAUAUGCAGGGAACAAAGAUCUAUGUGGAGCUCCAUUGCCAACGAAUUGCUCUUACCAUGAAGACCCAACCGCGACACCCAACACAGAGUAUGAAGCAGCUGAGCCCAACAAGGUAUGGUUUUAUGUGAAUAUAACAUGUGGUUUUGCAACCGGCUUUUGGGGUGUUAUAGUAGUUUUAGUGUUGAAGAAGCAGUGGAGACAUAACCUUUUCAUGUAUGCUGAGGAGACCGUGGACAAAAUAUACAUUGUAGUCAUGGUAAGAUUUAAGAAGAUGAAGAGAGGACGAGAGGCCAUAUAG